AUGGCGCUGCGACGCCGCACUUCCGCGCGCUCGCCGGCGCCGCCGCUCGCGCCGGAUACGCUAGCGCUGCUGCUGCUGCUACUGCCGCUGCUGCUGCUGCUCAUGCAAGCAGGGCUGAUGACUGGCUGUGAGGCGCAAGGCGACGAUUCCGAACUCAUCCCCGUCCCUGGGUUCACCACCCCCCAGAAAAUCGCCAUGGCUGAGAAAGCUGCGCUGCUGGCGUUCGCAGCGGCCUUCGGGAACCAUCCAAUAUUCGCCAAGUACGGCAGCUGGGCCAACGUGUCCUUGGGAAUGACAUACGAGACAAGCAAGCCGUGCGUGCAGUUCUGGAAGUUCAUCACUUGCGACGAGGAAGGCCGGAUUAACGCCAUCGACAUAGACAACGCAUAUAUGGUGGCCCUGAACCCAGCCUUUGCCCGCGGCCGCAAGCCGGGCCCCCUGCGAGGCGUAAUCCCAUGGAGCAAGAUGCGAGCUCUCUCCAACCUCAUGCUCUUGAACGUGGCGGGGAAUGAAGUGUCCGGGCCCGUACUACCGCCCACCAUCUUCCGAUUCCCCAAGCUCAAGGAAAUCAUAUGUAUGGACAACAAGAUGGUCGGACCCAUCCCCAACACACUCUCCACUUUGAAGUCUCUCCAAAAGCUCGACGUGAGCAUGAAUCGCAUCACGGGGCGAAUACCACCCGGCAUCGCCACCCUCACCAACCUCACAUCGCUUGCAGUCUCCUACAACCAAAUGUCUGGGGCGCUGCCGCCGGGGCUCGGCAACCUGCGGCAGCUGAGAACACUGGACUUGGGUGGAAACGCGUUUCAAGGGCCCAUGCCUGCAAGCUGGGGUAAUCUCAAGAAGCUCAAGUCGCUCAAUCUGCAGAAACUGAAUCUGGGAGGGGCGGUGCCAGCAGCAUGGGCGGGCAUGGUGUCUCUGAAGCACUUUGUGGCGUCGGCUACUCUCAUGCGCGGCCGCUUCCCCUCUGUGCUGCUCAAGCUGCCACGCAUCUCAGACAUCGUGCUCUAUAACAACUUCCUGUGGGGCCAACUACCGCCUGCUGCCCAGCUCUUUGCUCCCAAGGCACUCACGCACCUCGACGUGAGCGCCAACUACCUCAGUGGCGCCGUGCCCAAGGUGCCUGCAGGCCGCCAGAUUGAAUUCAGGUUCUCCUCCAACUGCUUUCUGCCGAAACCAGGUCCCAAGUGCAAGCGCUCAUAG